GCAGGGUGUCAUGGCGCAGAGGAGGCCGGAGAGAUCCGCGGCGUCAAACUUUGAUCUCGGCUCGACUUGUACGAUGUUGUCGCGUUACACUCUGUAAAAGCAUCAACACCAGGUGAAGACAAACACAGAUGAAAACGGUGUUCUGAGCACAACCACCGGAAACUGUUCACCCAGAGAGAGCAGAGAUGGAAAAGCCAGUCUUGCAGACACAACCGUCCACACUGCCUUUUUUCGACACAGCCCACGCCUUCAACCUGCUGCGGGGCAUCCAUGAACUCAGAGCUGAACGGAAGUUUUUUGAUGUGACUUUGUGUGCCGAGGGCCGCGAGUUCCACUGUCACCGCACAGUGUUGGCCGCUGCCAGCACCUACUUCCGGGCUAUGUUUGCAGGAACGCUGAGGGAGAGUGUUAUGGACCGGGUGGUUCUACACGAGGUGUCAGCUGAGCUUCUGGGUCUGCUGGUGGACUUCUGCUACACGGGACGGGUCACCGUCACUCAGGAUAACGUGGACCUCCUUCUGAAGACGGCUGAUCUGUUUCAGUUUCCCUCGGUCAAAGAGGCCUGCUGUGCGUUUCUGGAGCAGCGGCUGGAUGUUUCCAACUGCUUAGAGAUCCAGGACUUUGCAGAGGCUUAUGCCUGCCGAGAGCUGGCGGCCAGUGCCCGCCGCUUUGUCCUCAAAAACAUAAUGGAGCUGGCUAAAGGGAUGGACUUUGAGCGCUUACCUUGGAAGCGCCUGCUUGAGUUUAUAUCAGAUGAUGACCUUUGUGUGGACAAGGAGGAGACGGUUUAUCAAAUUGCGGUGCGUUGGGUGAAGUCCGAUCUCCAGCGGAGACUGCACUACUGGCCCGAGCUCCUCCAGCAGGUCCGACUCCCUUUCGUCAGGAGGUUCUUCCUGUUGGCCCACGUGGAGAGCGACCCGCUCGUCUACCUUUCACCCACCUGCCUCCGCAUGGUGAACGAAGCCCGUAGCUUCCAGUCCUGUGAGUACGACCGCCACGACAGGCCCUGCCACCGCAUGCGGCCACGGCCAUCCACAGGGUUGGCCGAAAUCCUGGUGGUGGUGGGAGGCUGUGACCAGGACUGUGAUGAGCUGGUCACAGUGGACUGUUACAACCCCCAGACUGGACAGUGGCGCUACCUGGCUGAAUUCCCUGACCACCUCGGAGGAGGCUACAGCAUAGCUGCCCUCGGAAACGACAUGUAUGUCACAGGUGGCUCUGACGGCUCUCGCCUCUAUGACGGUGUGUGGCGCUACAAGUCUAGUGUCAACGAGUGGACAGAGGUGUCGCCCAUGCUGAAGGCCCGCGAGUACCACAGCUCUUGUGUGCUGAAAGGUCAGCUCUAUGUGGUGGCGUCUGACAGCACAGAGCGCUACGAUCACGCUCUGGACUGCUGGGAGGCCUUACCAGCCAUGCUGCACCCCAUGGACAACUGCUCCACCACCACAUGCAACGGACGCUUGUAUGCUAUAGGCUGUCUGACCGGGGAGGACACCAUGGCCAUCCAGAGCUAUGAUGCAGACACCAACCGCUGGUCCAUGGUUAACUGUGGACAGCUGCCUCCAUGGUCCUUCACGCCAAAGACUGUGACCCUCAACGGCCUCAUCUACUUUGUCAGGGAUGACUCAGCUGAGGUGGAUGUUUAUAAUCCUCAGAAGAACGCAUGGGACAAAAUUAGUCAGAUGACCCAGGUUCAUGUUGGGGGUAGCGUGGCAGCCCUGGGCGGUAAGCUGUAUGUGUCCGGUGGUUAUGACAAUACAUUCGAGCUGUCAGAUGUGGUGGAAGCCUACGACCCGACCACCCGCUCGUGGAGUCUCGCCGGACGACUACCGCAGCCGACCUUCUGGCAUGGCAGCGUCAGCAUAUUCCGCCAGUUCAUGCCCCUGGUGUCCAGUGCGUUCGAACCUACGGACACGCCCGAUUCGAAUGCCAUUCACCUGCACCGGCACCAGCGUCACCAAGCACUCCACAAUCUCAACAACAAUCUCAACCAAAACCAGAACCAGGAUGUGAACCCAGCGCACUGAGUUUGGACCUCGAAAUCCCUCUCACACACGUUCAGUCUGUUCUCCCUCGCUGUGCCAUCCGUUAGUUUACUGUGACGUUACCUCAUCACAAUGUUAAUGCUCUUUAAGGCAGAAGAGAAGACCGAGCACCUUUGAAGUAGUCUGAGCUCCUUGCUCCUCCAAUAAUGACAAUCACUUAAGUUUGUUGACUGGAUGAAUCACAAAAAAGGCUAAGUGUUUUUUAGCCUUGUUCACCGGGGAACUGUCCUGGAUGGGUUUCCCACCCUUGUGAAGUGGCUGUGUGCUGCUCUAAAUUGACGGUGGGAAGAUUAAUUUGCAAAACCAAACAUUUAAUACUUAUCCUUAAAGUUUUUUUUCUCCUGCAAAACUGAAAUAUUCUGUCUGAAAAAGCUUUGGAUCAGAGCUGAAACAAUUAACGACUUAGUCAAUUAACUUCCCCACUUCUGAUAAGGAGCAGUACACAGCUGCUUAUCUGAGUUUUUCUAUGUUGACUAUCAAGGACUAUCUGCCCUACAAAGAGGAUGAGACAGGUGUUUCUGUGAAUGAACAUUUGUGUGUUAGCAGCUGAUGGAAUGUUUUAUUUUCUACAAACACAUCAAAUUUAAAUUUGAAAUGCACACAUCCAAGUAAGUGUUUACAAGCCUUUCGUGGCUCCGGGGGGGUGGCCGUGUGAAAUCUGAUAAACUGUCUCAGUGUCAGCUGAGUCUGAAGACUACAGGUUUGAAAAUAACAAAUACUCGGUGGUCGAGUAAUAGCAUUACGGUUAAUGUAGGUGUCAGGGUUUGAGAAAGAAGAAGAAGAAUGUGUGGAGAAAAAAGGGCAAUAUAUCUGGUUUUGCUAUAUCAAUGUUUAUCCUUUAAAAAAAAUUGUUACAUGAGUGCAAUGCUAAAUUGACGGAGUACUCUUUAUCAAUGUGUAGCCCUGAGAAGAAGCCAAAUAUUUGGUCAGAAAUGGCAGUAAUCUGCCGACAUUCCUUAAAUGAAGGCAAUCACAACUGAUACUUGGCACUAAACAGACAGAUGGCUUAUGGGUUGAAAUUUACCAGUAGAAAUACCUUGUGCUCGGAAGGUGUGCUGAGCAACCUUCUGUCACCAUGGUAGAGAUUCAGGAUGGUUGCAUGCGACGUUAACUUGUACUGGCUUGAUAUUCUAUUGCUAGUGAUAAUUAGGCUGCACGGCAUCUCUUCGUGUCACUCCUGACCUUUAAACUGGGCUGGUUCGGCCUUUAUAACCACCACCAGUCGAAUGUGCAUGAAGUACUCUCUUUAAAAAUUGUAUUUAUGAAUGUUUUACUGUUUUGUACGUUUAUUUAUGGGUAUAUUUGUGCUGUGGUUGCUUAAGAUGUCCCAGCUUAUCAGUUGCAACAACAGCAGUAAGAGUUGUUAAAUGCUAGUGAAGGAUCAGCAGUCUGAACUGGAAAUGAAAAAGAAUCUCAGUUUUUCUCUCAUGUAAAAUAAUUUGCUUUAAUGGAAAUUGUAAUUUUUGAGUGUUUCUAUGGUAUUGUUAAUGCAUCGUUUUCUUAGUUUUCAUACAAGUUUGUGAUGUUGAAUUAGUUUUGUAAAUACAGUAUAUUCUUAACCUUA